UGAAGCGUGAGAAACGUACAUACAAGAUUCUCACACUUUAGUGUAACAGCUCUUGAACUAGUGCCGCCAGUUCAACGAUAGAAAACAAAUCCAUUAAUUGAAUACUAACACUUGCCUGAAUGAAACAGCUCUAUUAAUAUUUUGAUUCUGAAUUUUAAACAGUCCACUUACUGCUCAAUUAUGCAACAACAUGCCGUCGACUCGGGAAAAACGAUAGAUGUUGUAAAUUUGGAUCCUGCAGCAGAACAUUUUGAUUACGAGCCUCUGGCGGAUGUAAGAGACUUAAUUCAGUUGGAUGAUGCCAUGGAAGACGACGAAUUUAACUUUGGACCCAAUGGUGGACUUGUAUUCUGCAUGGAAUACUUGGUUGAAAAUGCAACUUGGCUGGAAGAGAAAUUAGGUGACACAGAUGAUGAUUAUAUAAUAUUUGAUUGUCCUGGACAAAUCGAGUUGUAUACUCAUAUGACUGUGAUACGACAACUGAUAGCUGUCCUGCAGAAACUUAAUUUCCGUACAUGUGGAAUCUUUCUGAUAGACGUCCAAUUCAUGAUAGACGCAUCAAAGUUUCUUUCAGGCACCCUGGCUGCCCUUAGCGUAAUGAUAAACUUAGAAAUUCCUCAUAUCAGUAUUCUUAGCAAAAUGGACCUGUUAUCGAAGAGCGCGCGAAAAAAAUUAGACAGCUAUAUCGAUCCCGAUCCAACUAGUUUAUUGGCAGAUACAGAAGGAGAUCCAUGGAACGAGAAGUUUCGCCGUCUCACAGAGAGUCUUGGUAGAAUUAUAGCGGAUUAUAGCUUGGUGCAUUUUUUGCCAUUAAACAUCAAGGAUGAGGAAAGUAUUGCAGACAUAAAAUUAACGAUCGAUAAUACGAUACAAUAUGGUGAAGACGCAGAUGUAAAAACGAGAGACUUUGAAGAACCGUGCAAAGACGACUAGAGGAUGGAUCUUGAUCAUGAUCGUGAAAAAGGAAAGUUAUUUUACAUUCUGAUUGUUUACACAUAUGUAUGGUAUAUUUCUACAAUAAUUACUAAAAGAGGAAAUAAAAAAAGAUAAUAC